AUGAACGGAAGCGUCGCGGUCCCGGAAGAUCGGCUGCAGAGCUUCCGCGGGGCUCUCCAGGAGAGCUGGAGCAGCGACGCGGCCGAUGGAGCCUCGAAACCCAUGGCGCGGAUGUAUCACAGACGACAGGUGGGGAAGCUCUUCUUCUUUGAUACACUCAUGGUGGACCCCAUGUCUAAGGAAUCCUUCCUGGUAGAGCUGGUUUGUUGCAACGAUAGCGGGCGUUGCAGGGAUGGCUUUGAAAGCCACAUCGAAGAUGGGGCAUUGAAGGAUCUACGCCCGGGUGACGUGCUGGAACUCCUGGCAGCCCAAGUGGCUGCGGAGCGUCCCAGGGCCCCAUGCCAUGUGGCCUUGCGAGUCUUUCGCCUGCGGCGCAGCGAAGCGUGGAGUGAACUCUUUGGAACGGCGGAAGGAAGUGUUGCCAAGCCAGACUGGAUGCCAGCAAAGUAUGGAUUCCACCGGCCGGUCUUCCACGACUCGGUAAAUCAGUCUUGGUUCGACCAGAUGGAUGCGAAACAGCUGCAGAAGCGUGAUGAGAAGCGACAACUGAUGCGAGAUGAGAAGAUGAAAGCUCAAGGAUUGGAAGCGGUUCCCGAAAUAAUUUGCACGCCGGAAUGUGAAGCGAAGAAAACCUCUGAGGCUGCUUCCCAUGACCGGUGGAUCUCCUCACUACGCCAUCCAUGUGCAGUGGUGCAGUGUCACUUGCCUCAAGCAGAACGACUCGCGAAGUAUUUGGAUGGGAGAAUAUUGUCGCCCUGCACAAGAGACAGGCUGGUGAUGUUGUACCAAGAAGCUGGGGAGAGUGAGGAGAUCAGUGGACGGUUGAAAGAAGGGCAUUUGCAUUCCAUUGUCCAAAGGAUCUACCUGUUGAACACGCGACAAAAGGCCACCAGCCUCAGAGAUUCCUCCAGAGACUACUUGACGCAGAUUCUGGGACCCUGCGGGCCACGCCACUUCGCUUCCUGCGAAUUUGGCACUCCGAAAACAUCGCUGUGGGAGUUUCUCCGAAGGGCUCGCAACUUCAUGUCCUUUCCACGUGAGCUGGAAGAGACCUUGAAACCUCUCAUUGAUGGAACUCCAUGGGCUAUGGAAUUUGGCACAAGGCCAACUGACAACGGCUACAGCGUCAGCUCUGGAGACAAAUUUGAUGCCUUGAUCCUGCCGAAGGAUAGGUGUGAUACCAUCGUCUACGCUGAUGGCUUGUUUUGGUGGACGACAGACUCGCCGCGCACCAUCAUUCCCUCCAGGGACAGCAGGAUGGUGCCAAGUGGAGCAUAUUGGAAGCUGUUGGAAAUCAUCGAUCGCUACAGCCCUCGAGAUUCUCGAGAUGGAGUUGUUGCCGUUGAUGAAGACUUGGACAAUGACAAACAAUCUCACAAGGGAGGCAACAAAGAGCUGCUGGAUCUCUACAGCCAGCGUUCUUUGGCUCUGGAUAUCGGUGCGUCGCCCGGUGGCUGGUCAUACUGCCUGGCCAAGGAGCUGAAGACAAAAAGAGUCAUCGCCUGCGACCCUGCGGCCUACAUGCAUCCGGUGGUUCGAAAUCUCCAGGUUGAAGCAGUUCGCGAAGAGUUCCUGAAGGAUUUCACAUCGGAGGAGGUCAAGGAAGAUGCGAAACAUUUGAAGCAUUUGAACGAGACCUCGGAAACCUGGAGGAGUGAAGCCAAGCAAUGUGGCCAAAUUUGCCACUGGCGAAUGCGGGGGCAUGACGGCUUGCAGAAGCUGAAAGCGGAAGAGUUGAAGUUGUCCCUUUUUGUAUGUGACAUGAACGAUGACCUGGAAUCCUCCUGCGAAUUGCUCUAUCGAGUUUUCAAUGAGAAGCUCUACGAGCCACCCUGUUUGGCGGUGGUCACCUUCAAGAACACCUGCAAAUCAAAGUCUGAGUUCCAAGCAAGGAAGCGCGCGAUGAUCCAGAAAAUCCUCAAGGAUGGAGUCUUGACGCAGCUGCAGGAGCUUCACCUCUUUGCCAACACACGCGCCGCGGCAACGGCGACGACGGCGACAUGUAGAGUUGACCCAGGUCACAGGUAUGGAGACGACCAUCGUGGGCCAAAUGCUGUGAACGCCAUAGAUUUCGGUCACGGGCGCCCCGUGCAGAUGGAAAAGGUUUCUGCAUUUCCAUGGUUCGGGUCAUGUGCUCCAGCAGAAGAGGGAGAACCACACUACCUGUCCAGGUUCCUCUAUCCCUGGCAGUUUGCAGUCCCAAGUCACGUCGUUCAGGAGAUUUUCUUCACCUCAGGAGUAGCUGUGAUUCUCUCGGCGGUGGUUACUUUACUGAUCCUCCUCCUCUACAGGCGAGCACUGGGCAUCGUGUCAACUCGAAGGCUGAAGAAAUCAAGCUACAAGUUUCAGGAUCGGUUGAAGCCCCAAGAAUCUCGCUUGAAAUCGGAAGAUGAUGAAGAUGACUGGUUGCCCGCGCUGCGAAAAUUGCACGGCGAUGGUUCCAUUGAUAGCAAGCUGGCCAGUCUGGAUCAGAAAGCCUAUUUAUCGGCGCGAGGAAACAGUGGAGGUUCCAAGGGCCACUUCGUUGCCUCAGCCGUGGCUAUCAGAAGUGAACUGAAGCAGGUGGCCAAGUUGCUGAAGGAUCCUGAUAAUCCAGAUUUCAAGGAACUUGAGAAGAUGUUAGAGGCCACCCUGGUGCGUCUGGAAUGCAGGACCAAAGCUUUGUCCUUGCUGGCGGACCGCUCCUUCCGCAAGAAGAGCCUCCAUGCCAAGGCUGCCGCCAUCCAAGAUGCCACUGGCGCCAAGUUGCGGUUGCUGCCGGCCACAGCCCUUCACUCCAUGAAGAAGCUGCCAAGAGUCAAGGUGCAGAUCCCCACUGCAGAUUCCAUUUCUGCAGAUCCAGCAGAUGGACUGCACCUCCGCACUCAAUUCUGCGGCUCAGAAUGGGGCAAAGCUGAUAUUGGCAGCUUAGCCCAUUUGGAGCUCGGUGUUUCUUUGUCGGACAUGGAGUCAUGGAGAAGUGAUGGAAACUAUGGAGCAGAAACUGUGCUGUUGGGGCCAGGCCCAUUUGAUCGGACACCUAAGUAG